GUUAUCUCUGAUUUUCCCUACGUGGAAAAUCUUUUUCGUUGUGAGCGCACUGCUCCGCAUCGCAGCCUACGGUUGUUGGCUGUUGGUGCCUUUAGCCAUAGUCUUGGUGACUUUGAUAUGCCCAGUGUUUUUCAUUCAUUUUUGCCCGUUGCUGUGGCAGCGACAUAUAGAUAUCGCUCGUAAUGUUUGAUAUAGAUGCGUUUGUGUCGUCUCCGACAUUGGAGGCGUUAUUGACUGCUACACGCGAUGAUCUUGUCCGAGUCGCUGGCCACUACAAGCUGGAAGUUCGUGGUUCUCCCGGUAAAGCCGAACUUCAGGAGAAGCUCACUGCGGACUUGCGUGGACUUGGAGUGUUGGGAGAUGCGAGCCCUGAUGCACCCGAAGCUGGUAAGACUAUUCCUUCUCCUGGCCCUACUUCUACAAAAACUGCUUUAGAGUGGAAACGUUUAGAACUUCGUGAAAAGGAACUUGAUUGGGAACGUGAGAAAAAUGUGUUGGAGGCUGAUAGGCAGAAUCUUAGAGACCAUGAUCGAAGAGAACAGGAGUUGCGUUUGAAAGAUAUGGAAUACACACAGGCGUUACGUCUUAAAGAGAUGGAGUUGAAGGCCCGUGAGUCUGGUGUACUAUUAAGGCCAGACCACUUUGAUGUAACCCGAAACAUUCGUGUUGUUCCUCCUUUCAGAGAAGAUGAGGUGGAUAAGUUCUUUGCGCACUUUGAGCGUGUUGCAACUACGCUUAAAUGGCCCAAGGAAGCUUGGCCCAUGACUCUCCAAUGUGUCUUUGUAGGUAAGGCGCAGGAGGCUUACUCCUCGUUAAGCCUCGAAGACGCAGCGGACUAUGAGAAGGUGAAACAAGCUGUCUUGCUUAUUUACGCGCUCGUGCCUGAAGCUUAUAGACAGAAGUUUCGGAGUUAUCGUAAGCCUGAAUCCCUCGCAUAUGUUGAGUUUGUUAGAGGGAAAGAAAUGCUCUUUGAUCGUUGGCUAGGCUCUCAAGAAGUGACAUCAUUCCAAGCUCUUCGUGAUCUAAUGGUUCUUGAGGAUUUUAAAAACUGUCUGCCACAAUCAGUCGCUACUCAUAUAAGUGAGCAUAAAGAUUUGACUCUGUGAAAGACACUAAACGUGACAACAUUUUCGCACCAUUCAUAUUGGGUGGAUUCGUGCUUUGUCUGGUGAGCCUGGUGCGCGCGUUCCGAUCAAAAUAUUGCGCAACACGGGUGCAUCACAGAGCUUUAUUUUGCAAAAUGUGUUGCCUUUUAG